AGCUAAAGAGCCAAAGACAUGUAGCUAGCAAAUACCAAGUAUAAAACAAGAUGGCUUAUUUCGCAUAUAUUUUAAUUUGGACCAUAAAACACAAACGAGAAAGAUGAUAAAGCCUCAAGUGUAUCAAUCACAGAACACCAACCAAACCCUCUUGUUUCUGCAGAGGCCAUCCCUUCACAGUAUUAGGAGUAGUAUUCCACUGUGGUUGGGGAACAAAGUGCAGAGGCAAAAAAAACUUAACCACCUCGUUCUGGUUUCUCGCAACGUUGAAACUAAUUCUACUACUUCUUCAACAACAACAACAACAACAACAGAUACUCAUACAGAUGAGAGUAGAGUGAAGGUUAAGGCCAUAGUUAAGGUGAAAGUAACUGCGGGUGGUUUCUUUUCAAGUCUGAGGUUAGACAGAGGAAUCGAUGAUAUAACAGAUUUGCUCGGUAAAUCUCUCCUCUUAGAGCUUGUUAGCUCUGAGCUUGACCCCGUGACGGGACUAGAGAAGGAAACACUGAAAGCGUAUGCACACAAAGCAGGAAAUGGUGAGGAGUCGGUUAAGUACGAAGCUAAAUUUGAAGUUCCAAAUGAUUUUGGAGAGGUUGGUGCUGUUCUUGUUGAGAAUGAGCAUCACAAGGAGAUGUUCCUUGAAACCAUCCACCUCGAUGUCUUCCCUGAGGGUCCUAUUCAUUUUCAUUGUGCCUCUUGGGUUCACUCCAAGUUCGAUAAUCCCACCAAAAGGGUCUUCUUCUCCAACAAGUGUUUCUUACCGCAAGAGACACCGGGUGGUUUAAGAAGACUAAGAGCAAAAGAAUUGAGUAAUCUGCGAGGCAAUGGAGAAGGAGAACGCAAGAGCUUUGAAAGAAUAUACGAUUACGACAUAUACAAUGACAUUGGAGAUCCUGAUAAAAGCCUUGAACUUCAGAGACCUCCUUUAGGAGGUAACGAGAGACCUUAUCCUAGACGUUGUCGAACUGGUCGUCCACAUAGUGAAGCAGAUCCAUUGUCAGAGAAAAGAAGUAGAAAGUUUUACGUUCCAAGGGACGAGUGCUUCUCAGAGGUGAAGCAGUUGACGUUCUCAACCAAGACAUUACACUCGGUGUUACUUAUAUUGCUUCCAUCUCUGGGGAAAAUUAUCAAAGAAAAGGACCUUGCAUUUUCCUACUUCGACGACAUAGAUUCACUCUUCAGCCAUGGACUUGACUUGCCUCCUGAAGAAACCGAGAAGGGAUUCCUAGGAAAAAUCAUGCCUAGGCUAGUCAAAUCCAUUUCUGGUGACAGGGCACACGUGCUUCGCUUCGAGACCCCAGAGACUAUGAGCAGGGACAGAUUUUUCUGGUUUAGGGAUGAGGAAUUUGCUAGACAGACUGUUGCUGGUCUCAACCCAUAUAGCAUACGAUUGGUCACAGAAUGGCCAUUGAAAAGUAAACUUGACCCAGAAAAAUAUGGUCCACCAGAAUCAGCAAUCACCUCAGAAAUUAUCAACAAAGAGAUUGGAGGCAUAAUGUCUGUAGAAAAGGCGAUUGAAGAAAAGAAGCUGUUCAUGUUAGACUACCAUGACGUACUUUUACCCUACGUCAACAAAGUACGCAAACUCAAGGGGAAAACACUGUAUGGUUCACGAACUUUGUUCUUUCUAAACCCAGAGGGGACACUGAGGCCUCUAGCCAUUGAGCUUACUCGACCACCAUCAUUGUCAAAUAAAACAGGCCAAUGGAAGCAAGUUUUCACGCCUUCUUGGCACUCAACCAGUGUUUGGCUCUGGAGGUUAGCCAAGGCUCAUGUUCUUGCACAUGACUCUGGCUAUCACCAACUUGUUAGUCAUUGGUUAAGAACUCACUGUGCGACAGAGCCGUAUGUUAUUGCAACCAACAGACAACUUAGUGAGAUGCACCCCAUAAACAAAUUGCUACACCCUCAUUUCCGUUACACAAUGGAGAUUAACGCUCUUGCACGGGAAGCACUUAUUAAUGCUGAUGGCACAAUUGAGAGCUCAUUUGCACCAGGAAAGUAUGCCUUAGAGAUUAGCUCCGCUGCUUAUGCUCUCGAAUGGCGGUUUGACAAGCAGGCACUACCAGCAGAUCUAAUUAGAAGGGGAAUUGCUGUUGAAGAUCCAUUUUCUCCACAUGGCUUAAAGCUUACCAUUCAAGACUAUCCUUUUGCCAAUGAUGGACUCCUUCUGUGGGAUGCUAUAAAGCUAUGGGUCACUGACUAUGUCAACCACUACUACCCUGAACCAAGUCUUGUAGAGUCAGAUGAAGAGCUGCAGGCAUGGUGGACAGAGAUUAGAACACUUGGUCAUGCUGACAAAAAAGAUGAGCCAUGGUGGCCACAUCUUAAAACCCCAAAAGACCUCAUUGGAAUCCUCAACACAAUCAUAUGGGUAACUUCUGGUCACCAUGCAGCUGUGAACUUUGGGCAAUAUGUUUAUGGGGGAUAUUUCCCAAAUAGGCCUACAAUUGCCAGGACUAAAAUGCCCUCAGAGGACCCUACAGAAGAAGAGUGGAAAAAGUUCAUUGAAAAGCCUGAAAGAGCACUUCUGAAGUGCUUUCCUUCACAACUUCAAGCAACUAGAGUCAUGGCUGUCUUGGACAUACUCUCAACUCAUUCACCAGAUGAGGAAUACAUAGGAGAAAAGAUGGAACCAUCAUGGGGUGAAGAUCCUGUCAUAAAGGCUUCCUUUGAAAGAUUUAGAGAGAGACUGAAGAAACUAGAAACACUGAUUGAUGAGAGGAAUGGAAACACAAAGUUGAAGAACAGAAAUGGAGCUGGCAUUGUACCGUACGAGCUUUUGAAACCUUUCUCAAAGCCAGGUGUGACUGGAAUGGGGGUUCCCUGUAGUAUAUCUAUUUAAGUUGACAAAGUCAAACUGAUAUUAUGUGUGAAGUAUGAUCCUAAACCGGUAUGGGUUUUUAAUUUAAACAUAAGAUAGACACAUAGUCACAUAAACUGGUGCCUAAACCACCAGAAUUUCCAUAAACACAUAUGACUAGUGUUUCUUUAGGAUGUUCUUGAACCAAUGAGAUCAUUUUUUUUAGCAUA